UGUUAGAUACUAGACGUGUGUUUAUGCGUUUACGUGUUCAUGCGUUCACAUAUUAGAUAAUUUCGUGUUGCAAGUGUUAUCAAUUAUUAUCGCAUCCGAUCGAACAUAUUGAAGUGCUUUCGUUCUCAGAAUAGUUUUGUCGCUGUUACCAGUUUAAUUGGUCAAUAUGGAUGAUGAAUUUAUUGCAGAGCUCAAAUCCAUGAUGAAAGAUGUCAAGGAAAUUAAAACCACGGUCAACAAUACUGAUGCGAAGUUAGCUGGAUUUACAAAGAGAAUGGAUGAGGUGGAAAGCCAAAACAAAGAGCUGAAAAAAACGUGUGAUAAUUUGCAAGACAAGGUAAAUGAUCUUGAUCAAUAUAGUCGUAUAGAAAACGUUAUAAUAAAUGGGAUUCCACAAAAAGAUGACGAAAAUAUACGCCAAGUAGUCACGUUAGUAGCUGAAAAAUUGAACGUAACUCUACACGAAUGCGACAUAUCAACAGCUCAUCGCCUACCUAGUAAACCAGAUAGGAUACCUGCCAUUAUCGUUCGCCUGAACAACAGAGAUAAGAAGUCGGAGCUCGUAAUAAAUUCACGUAAGCUGAGAAUAAAUAGUAAAGAUAUAAAUCUGAUGCCAGCAGCUCCCAUCUUUGUGAACGAACAUUUAACCUCAAGUAACAUGGCAAUCCAUAGACAAGCUCUACACCUUAAAAAAUUGAAGGUUUUAACAAGAGUCCAUGUGAAGGAGGGAAAGGUACUGGUGCAAGAAGAGGAAAACGGUACUUUCACUAAGAUUACAAACCUCUCCCAACUGAGUUUGCCUGACCAGGAGGAAAACGAGCAACCUAAAUCAUCAUCUAAUGUGAAUGAAGUUCCAGUGAAGCAACGUUUACGAUCCAACAAGAUACUGACAUUGUCGCAACUCAGUGCAAAGUCUAACCGAGGGAGGGGAGGGAGAAAUAGAUCUGGAAAUAGAUCUAGAACGCACUCAGGAAGUUAGAGGCUGGACUCCGCUUACCCAGAACGGCUAGUCACCAAGGGUAAGGAUGAUGCAGCAAGUCUCUCCAUUAAAUUAGCAACAUUUAACGUACGUACACUCAAAUCAGAAGAUAACUUGAUGGAAUUGGAAGGGGCUUUUGAAGAGGGGGACAUCCAGGUGUUAGGGCUAUCAGAGGUGAGACGCGCAACCGAAACUUUACAAAUAACCAAAAAUAACCAUCUUCUGGCACACUCAAGCUGCGAAAAUGGACAGAGAGGAGUUGGCUUUCUAGUACACAGAAACUUGAUAAACGAUGUAAAUGAAUUUAGACCAAUUUCUGAUCGAAUUGCUCUACUAAGUAUAAAUUUUUGGGGAAAGGAAAUUAGAAUUAUUCAAGUAUACGCACCUACUUCAGCUGCAACAGAAUCAGAUUCUGAACUUUUCUAUGAAAAAUUAAGCGAACUAUUAAUGCAACAAGGGGAAUUUUUGAAAGAUAUUUUUGUUAUGGGUGACUUCAACAGUCAGGUAGGUAAGGGCAAAAACAAAGACGAAUGUGUAAUUGGAAGAUAUGGGUAUGGUAAAAGAAAUAAGAGGGGAUGGAGGUUGUUGAGGUUCUGUGAAGAAUUCAAUUUAAAAAUAAUGAACACUUUCUACAAAAAAAGAGAAGGGCGCUUGUGGACCUGGAUGUCGCCUAAUCAAGAGUUCAAAGCUCAGAUUGAUUACAUUUUAACCACAAAUGAUAUUAAUUACAUAACGAAUUGCGAGGCAAAAAAUUUUAGUUGCUACUCAGACCACAGAGUAGUUACCUGUACACUGAAACUACAAAAAACAAAAAAAUUUAAACGUUGUAAUCCUAAACGAAAUUAUAAAGUAACAAAUGAAAAUGCUUCGGCUUACCAAACGGAAAUAAACACUCAAAUACUCAAUAACCCUACAAAAAAUAUUACAGAAAUUAUCCAAAAUGUAAGCAAGAAUAUGAUCCAAGAACCAAAGAACCAAAGCAAUAAGGGAUUACCAACAACUAUCAAAGAAAUGAUCAAAAACAGAGAAAAAAUGAAAUGUAUAAGGAAGAAAACACUCCAAGAUAAAAUACAGGGUGCGGCGCGGGAACGGAACGUGUUUUAAAUUGUAACAACGCCAGCUAUAGAGAAUGUAGGGAUGCAAUCUCUGAUCUCGUUGGGAAGAGUAGGAAUGCCGAAUUUUUUUAGCCUAUUAACAAACUAUCAUGGGUGACUGGAUGGUUGAGCAGCGAGUGUUUUCAGUAGCAUGUCUUUUUUUGGAAAACUGGUUUUUACUUUUUUUCACUAGAAUUGGGUAACGCGUUCAACUUUUAAAGCUCUCUGGAGGCGGAACGAAGCAUUCUACGGAAAAAUGAGAUUGAAGAAAAUUGU